GUACUGGAAACAGCGUGGUAUACCAGGACCUAAGCCACUCCCUUUUAUAGGCAAUGGUUUCGAAAUGUUCGUAAAGUUUGGAUUGCAUCAAAGUCAUCUCGAAUAUAUUUCAAAAUAUGGCCCGAUUGUUGGUACCUAUGAAGGUCGACAUCCUCAGCUGAUAGUUGGGGAUCUGGACAAACUUCGUCAAAUUCUGAUCAAGGACUUCUCGUGCUUCCACGACCAUCGAAUUUUUGAUGUAAAUAUGAAACCACUGGACAAAGGACUAACGGGAGUAGUUGGAAAUGAAUGGAAGCGUAUCAGAAACACAGUUACUCCGGCCUUCAGUUCUGGUAAGUUGAAGAUGAUGGUGCCCCUCAUAAAUGCCACCUGUCAGGUACUUUCUGAUCGGAUUGACGCUCUUGCAGCUUCGAAGAGCGAUGCUAACGUAAAGGAAAUUUACGGAUGUACAAUGAUGGACAUGGUGGCUAUUACACAUUUUGGACUUAAAUUAGAUUCGCAGAAUGAUCCAGAUAGCCCAUUCAUCAGGCAUUUGAAGACGUUCCUCAAUGGAGGACGUGUAUGGGUGUUCAUGUUGAUAAUGAUGUUUCCGUGGUCGUCAAAGCUGUUGGAGGCCAUUGGGUUUGACAUAGUGCCAAUGGAGCCCAUCAGAUUCUUUGUUGGCAUUACUGAACAAAUCGUCAAAAAUAUAAAAAAUAACCCAUCUGCUGACCGUAUAGAUUUCAUCAGCUUGAUGGUGGAUGCUCACAAAAUGGAGGUGGAAGAAGAGCACGACGGUCUUGUGACUCAGUUUGACGACAACCAACAAGAGCAACCAUCCAAACGAGCACUUACAACGGACGAACUGAUGGCACAAGCUAUCUCAUUUUUCUUGGCCGGAUAUGACGCCACAAGCGUUCUUCUGUCUCUGACUACUUAUGCCCUGGCAGUUCAUACUGACAUCGAAGAGAAACUAUAUAAAGAGAUAGAAGAGCAUUUCAGUAAAGACGAUAAUUUGACUUACGAAACAGUUUCUAAACUAUGCUACCUUGAUCAGGUAAUCCAAGAAACCAUGAGAAAAUAUCCGCCAGCUCCUUUCACUGAUAGAGUUUGCAACGAGACGUGGAGUUCGGGUGGCUUAACUAUUGAGAAGGGCACGAUUUUGAUCAUUCCGAUCUGGGCUAUUCACCACGACUCGAAGGUGUGGCCCGAUCCAGAGAAAUUUGACCCUGAUCGAUUCACGAAAGAGAACAAAGAAAAGAAUCAUCCGAUGGCGUGGAUCCCUUUUGGGCAUGGUCCAAGAAACUGUGUGGGCAUGCGCUAUGCAUUGAUGGCGGUCAAAUUCGCAUUGGUGUACAUUUUAAGAAAACACCGUCCUGUCGUAGUAGCUAAAACUCCUGUUCCAUUGGUGUGUAAUGAAUUCGGCAAGGUAAUGCCCACCGCUGGUAUCCCACUCGGUUUUGAGAGAAGGGAAUAAAUUUUAAUAUAAUUUUCAUUUUAUAUCUUCACUUUUUGAGGGGGUGCGCCGGCUGGGAACCCUUGAAUCUGCUACUGAAAUAUUCAUCAUUCUAGAAUAGGAAUUGCCUCCUUUUAUAUAUUGCAGUGUAUAAACAAAGAUUUUCUGAUGUAUUCUUUAUAUAUUGGACCAAUAAAGAUUUAAAUGAAUGAAUGAAUCAUAAUAGGUUUUUUUUAAAUUUAUCUAGGCAAUCACGACCAUGCCCGAUUAUAUAUUUCGUGCAAACUAACAUUUAUAAAAAUAUGAUUUAUUAUCUACUAAUUAGCUUGUGACGACGUAUUCAAAAAAUUUAAAACAAAUAAGAUACUUUAAACAGUCACUCUAAUUUAGUCUCUUUGCAAUGUAUAGUACUUUUAAAUUAAUUAAGAGGUUUUUCUUUUUCUCCCCUUUUUGAAUUUCGACCACACUUUUGUGAGUGGAAAUACUACCGUCUAAUUUACGAUAAAACAGGACUAGGGAUCGAGGUAGUAGGCAUAUGUACGGGUUUAAAAUUAUACAAAAGAUAUAAAUCGUUUAUAGUAGCAAUUGUGGACUUUUGAGUUUAUAAAACUGUUGGCCUAAUAGGUUUACCCGCUUCCAAUUUUACCAACGUACAGUACAUUGUUUUCACAAUAAAUAACCGUUGCACCCACAAAUGUUACUGAGACUCGAGGCUGUGAGGUACAUAGUGGGUCCAGAUUCUUUGCUGGGUGAAUGAAGUAAGUUUUAAUGAAAGAAUGAAUAAAAUAAAUUUUAAUAUUUGGGGAACCGUGU